AUGGCAAUUCCUACAGAUGUGGUAUCUGGUCCUUUGGGAAAUUCUGGGGGAGAUUUUUGGAGUUUCCGACCAACUAACAAGAUCAAUAAAAUUGUUAUUCUUUUUGGCGGGUCUGGAAAUAACAACCCUAUUGGUAUAACUUUUUCUUGCAUUAAAAAUGACGGUUCAAAGGAAACAAUCACAGUAGGUGGAGGUGGAACAGAUACCAUUGUCACUCGUACUGACACGGUGGUUAUUGACGGCACGGAUGAAUACUUGACUGAGGUAAGCGGAACGUUUGGACCUUUCAUAGAUAGUUCGUACAGUGUCUUACGAUCGAUAAAGUUUACUACCAAUGUAAGAGUGUUUGGACCGUAUGGCCCCGAUGUUGGAACACCAUUCAGCUUUCAGCCCCCGGAUGGCACCAAGAUUUCUGGAUUCAUUGGUCGAGCUGGAAUCUAUGUUGAUGCUAUUGGUAUUUAUAGUGCACCUUAUUGAUUAUAUUGUCACUCUCAA